CUUGGCCGGGAGGCGUGCAUGCCCCUGCAGCCCGCGGCGUUCAUCAGCAGCAUGCUCUAUUUCCAGAUGGUGAUCAUGGCAGGGACGGUGAUGUUGGCGUACUACUUCGAAUACACGGACACGUUCACUGUGAACGUGCAGGGAUUCUUCUGCCACGACAGCGCCUACCGCAAGCCCUAUCCGGGCCCAGAGGACAGCAGCGCCGUGCCCCCUGUACUCCUCUACUCGCUGGCUGCUGGCGUCCCGGUGCUCGUGAUAAUAGUUGGAGAAACGGCCGUGUUUUGCCUACAGUUAGCAACAAGGGAUUUUGAAAACCAGGAAAAAACUAUUUUAACUGGAGACUGUUGCUAUGUAAACCCACUGGUACGCCGAACUGUCCGAUUUCUUGGAAUUUAUACGUUUGGACUGUUUGCUACAGAUAUCUUUGUAAAUGCUGGACAAGUGGUCACAGGCAACCUGGCUCCACACUUUCUGGCCUUGUGUAAGCCCAAUUACACAGCUCUUGGGUGUCAACAGUACACACAGUUCAUCAGUGGGGAGGAAGCGUGCACAGGCAACCCAGAUCUCAUCAUGCGAGCAAGGAAAACCUUCCCAUCCAAAGAAGCUGCCCUCAGCGUCUAUGCUGCCAUGUAUCUGACGAUGUACAUUACGAACACUAUCAAAGCCAAAGGCACCAGACUUGCUAAGCCUGUUCUAUGCUUGGGAUUAAUGUGUUUGGCCUUUCUUACUGGACUCAACAGAGUAGCAGAAUAUCGAAAUCAUUGGUCUGAUGUGAUAGCGGGCUUUCUAGUUGGGAUAUCUAUAGCAGUAUUUCUGGUUGUAUGCGUGGUAAAUAAUUUCAAAGGAAGACAACCAGAAAAUGGGCACAUGCACAGGGACAGUGUGGCCCGGAUGCCGAUGAUCAACAUUCCUCGAGUAGAAAGCCCUUUGGAAAAAGUAGCAUCUGUGCAGAACCACAUCACUGCCUUUGCGGAAGUCACAUGAUAUUGAAGCAGAUGGUUUUUCCCUGCACUGGACGUCAUCCCUCUUUACCAUCCAUUCAUAAGAAGGUUUAUUUGAUUACACAGAAAUUUAUAAAGUUGUCUGAGACUUUUUAUAAAUUUAAAACUUAAUACCACCCUCUCUGCUCCACCCCCCUGGUCCCCCACUAGACUGUGAGCUCCUCAAGAGCAGGACCAUGGCUUUCUUUCCUGUAUCCCCAACACCUACCACCUAGCACAAAGUGUGGGUGUUCAGUACAAACAUGAUGACAAAAAAUGAACAAAUUUAAUUCUUCAAUAAAAUAGUCGCUUUAGUUUCUCAAAAGAAUCUCUGUGGCUAUGUGAAAAGAAAUCUCCAUGUGGUUUAUAUUUGUAUAAAAGAGAAACCCUCUAUUUUGGACUCAUUAAGCCUUUUUAAUUUUUCAUAUCUCUAUUCAACAGUACAGCAUAUUUAAUUUGAAGUUAAUUUUGAAAGUCACGGGGGCUUUUUUAUUAUGCAGCAUGACUUUUUCCCCAUUCUAACAGAUUUCAGCGUGUGAAAUCAUUUUACUUUUAGAAAGUAUGUCCUAUACUAAAUUGUUUGCUCAUUAUAUUAUUCUGUAUUUCACUUAAAAUACCAUUCAUACUACACAUUCUAAGACUGGUGCUUCUGCUUUUAAAGGGGAAAUUGCCAAUUUUUAUUGUCACUAAGUAAUGUAUCAUAAUUAAAAUUAUUUAUUUGGACUUUUUCUUUGACACUUGUGAUUUAAUGGUUGAGUUGCAGUUUCUGAAAUGCAGCGGAUAUUUGGAAUAGAUUAAGGCAAACCAGCCAUGAUACCAUAUUAUUGAGUAACUUUCCAUCAUUAACAGUGUCUCAAGAUUGGCUGUAGUCCAGUCAUAAGCUUUCUUACUGAUCAAGAAUUCAAAUAAUUUAAGUGGGAACGAACCACAUCUUACCAUACAAUUACAUAGAUGCUAGAAAUAGGAUUAAUGUAUUUUUGUAAUUGUCUAAUAAUUUAGUUAAUAUGUAUUUAUAUUUACUUUAUCAUUUGAUCCUCACAGUAAUCCUGUACAAAUAUUGAAAGAUGGCUUUAUUUACACACAAGAAAAAUGAAGCCAAGACCGAUCCGAUAACAUGCCCAAUCCCAUACCUCUAAUCAAGCAGAGAGAAAAAAAUCUGAAAUUCGGAAUUACCCUGGAUUUGCAUUUUUCCCCUUAAAUAUGCCACAACUGCCUCAACAUUCAAGACAUUGAGGCCUUAUGAGGCCAUAAGAGUCCUGAUAAACUACCUAUGUUUAAAAAAAUAAAGAAAUGCCGAGAUAGAGUUACAGAAAGUCUGCAGUAUUUUAAAUGUUUACCUUAUAUGAAUGAACAUAAACACAUUUUUCAAACACAGAGCUAUCUAGGGUUCUAUUCAUAAUUCCAGUGUCUGGAUGUGAGGCUCUUUGUAAAAGGGAAGCCCAAAUCCAGUGUCUUCAUUCUGUACCUCAGCUGCCAUUCAGGAAAGAGGCCAGGGGACCAACUUUACAGUAUCCACGUGGAACUAAAAAAAAAAAAAAAAAGAAUAUAAGGGGAAUCAAGCAAAGAGUCACUUGGCAUCUCUAAAGCUAACCCAAGAUGCUUUGACUUAUAUGUGUGAAAACUGAUUUUAAAAAAAAAUCUUUCUAGUCUUGAAAAAUAGUUGAAAGUAAACAAUUGAUUUACCCUCUAAUCAGUAAAUAAUUAAAACCAACGACUUGUCCGUUACUUACAAAUGGAUUUCAUUUGUCAAAUUCCAAUCCUGCAGGAGUCAAAACACUUCCACUAAGAGCCAAAUAAAGAAAUUCCCUUUUUAUAAAAAUUGAAAUCUCUACAGCAAUUCAAUUCUUUUGGCAAUUUAGAACAAGCUUUUGUGUCUUGACCUUUUAAAGGCAUUGUUUUAGAAAGCAUUAGAAAUGGGCAGUUCGGUUCCGCAAUAAAGGGUAUGAGCAUAAUACCAAGCAAAGGUCGGGUGGCUAGUUGGGCUUCUACUGUUGUUUAAUUCUGGUGGUACUACACCCACUUUAGAAGGACCCAAGAAAGAAUGGUUUUCCCCUUGGAAACUAUUAUAUAAAAAUGUCAAGGUCAGUGAAGAUUUUUUUGCACCUUCCUAAACCUGGUCACUCUAAAAGAGUUAUGAAUUAAAGAACGAAACAGUAUCAGAGUGAAAAUCACUCCUACUAUUUAAGCAUCAAGAAGGUUGUGCAAUUAUGAAAUCCAGGAAAAAUUAAAGUUGAGUGAGAAUAAACCAAACCCAGCAAAGAUUACUUAACCAUGAUGCUAUUACUGAGAAUAAUGAAAAACAUAUUUGAGAAAAACGUUAAAACCAUGACAACAGCUGGUGUUCGGUGGUGCAGCAUUUGCUGAGCAUGCACAGGCCCUGGGUUCAAUCCCCAGGACUUGUAAAAGAAAGCACUAAUCUCGAUAUAUACAUAUGUACAUACAUAGUCUCGUAAAAGCAGGCAAUCCCAUACAUUGCCGAUAGAGACCCUCAUUUUUAUUCCUCUUCCUUGGGGCCCAGGUCAGUGUAAAUUGUUCCAACUGAAAACUUCAGUAGCCUCUGUUUGCAUGGCAGAAAUUCCGCACAAAUCUUAUCUGAUGCCUAAGGUAACUUAAAAGGGUCUUUUAUGUUAAAAGAGAAGUGAACCUUCUUUGACAGACUUUGUCUAUUCAACUUCUAACUGGGCCUCUCUUUUUCUCAGGAUCUAUCCUAGCCAAAUAUCUUGGUUACAUUUUCCAUAGCUUCCUUUGUGAGAAAACAGUGGGGGAGGAAAUAAUUCUCUGCUGUGUAUUGUAUUUUUCAAAUAAAAAUUUAAAAAUUAAAUUAAAAAAAUGAAUUUCCUUUUCCUCAUGGAUUGGUCUUUAUUGGGGUAGAGGAAUAAAGAGUGAUCACUAAUGUGCAUAGAGUUAAGAGUUUUCAUAUUGGCUGGAGAGUGUUUA